AUGGCCAUUCAAGUAUACAGAACUGGACUACUUUGGGCCACUGCUAGUGACUGUUGCCCGUCAAAGAAGGAAGAGUUGGGUCACCUUGCUUACUUGACGUGCUUGACGACAAGGGCGAUUCAUUUGGAGCUGGCGCAUGACCUGUCAACGGAUUCCUGUAUAAUAGCGAUCAGAAACUUCGUCUGCCGUAGAGGACCAGUUCGUAAACUGCGGAGUGAUAACGGCAAGAACUUUGAGCGAGCUGACAGGAAGGACAGACGAUUUGGAGAUGUGUUUGAGACGGAGAAGAGUAUUAAAUGGGUCUUUAAUUGCCCAUCCAACCCGUCUGAGGGCGGAGUACGGGAGCGGAUGGUGCAGUGCGUCAAGCGAGUGCUGCGUCAUACCCUGAAGGAAGUCGCGCCGAGGGACCAUGUGUUGGAGAGUCUCCUGAUAGAGGCGGAGAACAUAGUCAACUCGCGUCCGCUCACCCACUUGCCAGUGAAUGCGGACCUAGAUGCGCCGUUGACGCCAAACGACCUGCUCAAGGGAGCAGCUAACCUGCCGGAUACGCCUGGAUUAGAUGCGGAGCUGCCCAAGGAGGGUUCUACGUGA